GAAAUUUUAUUUAUCGGAAGUGUUUCGAAGCGGAUCGGUACUGUUUCAUUCAAUAGCUGGUAAUCGGGAGUGCUACUAGUAAUUUCUUCUGCAAAAAGAUGUCAAAGCGGCGGAAUUGUGUGUUCAAUGAAGAACUACAAAAAGAGUUCAAAUUCGUGAAGCUAGACACUAAGUUUAGUGAUUGCACAAGAGUGAUUUGUACACAGUUUGGUGGAAAUUUUUCAGUGGCUCAUGGUGGGAAAAGUGAUAUAAGCCAGCAUCUUCGAAGCCAGAGACACAAGAGUGUAGAACGUGCAGUGGUAUCAGCGCGACCCAUUAAUUCUUUCAUGGUGAAACAAGGAAGUGCCGACUUUUUCAAGAUUGCGGCAAGUGAAGCUCUUUUUGCUUAUCAUUGUGUACGACAUUCGCAAAGUUUCCGUUCAAACGACUGUCUAUCAAAAUUGAUAAACAAACUCUACGAUCCAAAAUUCUCUUCGGCACGCACAAAAUCGGAAGCAAUUGUGACAAAUGUUUUAUCACCUUUCGCAUUACAAGAAGUAGUAGAAGAUUUGAGAAAAGUUAAUAGCGUUACGAUUAGCGUGGAUGCGUCAAACAAAAAAGAUAUUAAGUUAUUUCCGGUUGUGGUGCGGUAUUUUCUCCCGAAUAGAGGAGUGCAUGACAGGAUACUGGAUUUCGUCUCCUUACCCGGUGAAACAUCUGAUCUCCAAUGCUCCAUGUUGACGGACAUUUGUGACAGGUACGAUCUACGGAGUAAAAUUGUUGCUCUAUGUGCGGAUAAUACAAAUACCAAUUUCGGUGGAUGUAAACGGCAGGGCAAAAACAACGUUUGGCGAAAACUGGAGAUGUACUUCAGAGAGAGAUUAUUGGAAUUGGAUGUGGCGCCCACAUUCUUCACAAUUGCUUACAAACGGCUGUUGAUUGUUUGCCAAUCGAUAUUGAGAGUUUUACUGUGA